AUGAACUGUCAGACAGUACGUCUGAAUCAGCUGACUGAGGAGUUGCACCAAGUGAAAGCGACAAAUAGUCAACUUCAAAGCGAACGUGGCCAACUUCGUGAGAUCCUGAUUGGCGAAGUUGAAAAGGAGUUAGCCGCAGCUAGAACCACAGCCACAAGAGCUCAGCAGGAGGCUGCAGAAGUGAAGGCUCAAGCUGCCGCGGAAGUUGCUCGACUGCAAGCUGAGUUGAAGGCCACCAAAAUAGACGCUGCUGAGGAGUUGGAAUCCUUGCAUCAAAAGAUCAAGGAAGCCAUUAUCAAAAAGGACACAAACAUAGCUGAAAUGCUACGACGCCAUGAGAAGGAAGUGAGGGAGCUGAAGUCAAGGCUGAGUGCACAGACAGCAGCUACUGCCAAGAACAACAGCUAUGCUUCCAUGAUGAGUAGAGGGUCAAAGACACAAAGUUCCCAGUCAAACACUGUUGGGAGUGGUGUGAGAAGAGGUGGGACAGCAGUGGGAAAAGCUAGAGGUGCUCCUUUUCGAAAAUACAUCUAUUAA